CUUCCGCCAAACUGACACCGGUCUGUAGGUUCUGUCCUGGGUCGAGCUAUUUUUCCUGGAUUCUUACUAAAAUAACCAACAAUGAGGCGGUCACUUUUGCUGAAGGCAGAGCUGAUUUCACAGAAAUCGACUAUUUACUGAGGUCAGGGUAAUUUGAUGGUGCCCAGCAGUCAGUAUGGAUGAAGAAACCCUGGAGGCAGCGAUCGCCGCCUACGGUGCUCAGCUGCAGCAGGUGGAGGCGGCCCUGUCUGCAGACCUGGAUCCAAGCCAGAUGCCGGACCUGCUAAAACUAAAGGAAGACCUUCAGCAGCUGAUAGAGCUCACAGAAGCCAGUCUGGUGUCUGUCAAAAAGAGUCGGCUUCUGGCCAGUUUAGAGGACGGCAGCAACCUGCUGGUGAACCCCUCAGAGACAGCAGCUGACAGCAGCGGGGCCAAUGAGAGUCUGAGCGCAGAGUUUGCUGCUUUUUACUCCGAACUGGGAGAGUGUUCAGGUAGCAGCUCUGACACCAGAGAGAAGGAUGACGGAGUAGAAGGUAGAGGGGGGGAUUGUGAGGAGGAUGAAGAGGGUGAAGAUGAGCUCAGUGGUACCAAAGUAAGAGCCCCCUACAGGACGUCGUGGGGGACGCUUGAAUAUCACAACGCCAUGGUGGUGGGGGCGGAGCCGCCAGACGGAGUUGAGGCACAGGUUAGGGUGUUCUACGUCUACCCCACCCAGAAAUCCAUGAAACCGUGCCCGUUCUACCUGGAGGACAAGUGUCGCUUUCAGGAAAACUGCAGGUUUUCCCACGGGGAGGUGGUGUUUGUGUCGGAGCUCAGAGCGUUCCUGGAGUCAGACCUCAGUAAUCUUGAAGAGGGUUCUGCCUGCUUGGCUCGGCAUGAGGACGGGAUCUGGUACCCGGCCAAGAUAAAAGACAUCGACAGCGGUUUCUACACGGUAAAGUUUGACUCGCUGCUGAUGAAAGAUGCCGUAGUCGAGGCUGACGGGAUUAUUCCACCUCUGAGGGAAGACGACCCGCUCUCCUCCGACUCGGAUUCGGAUGAAGCUGGAGAUACAGAUUCAGUGGGAUACGCAAAAGUUCUGGACUCUGGCCCAGAAUCUACUGUUACAGUAAACAGUGCAGACUUUGGUGGCUGGGAGGCCCAUACCAAAGGCAUCGGAUCCAAGCUUAUGCUCAAAAUGGGCUACGAAUACGGAAAAGGUCUUGGGAAGAUGCAGGAGGGUCGAGUGGAACCAGUGAUGGCCUUGCUCCUGCCGAAGGGGAAGUCUCUGGACGAGUGUGCAGAGAUGACACAGAGGCGCACCCGAAGCAGCACUGCUAAAGAUGGCACACAGACUGCCCGGCCAAAGCGCCGCAGAAAACCUAAAGUCUCCACCGCAGGGCGGCGUACAGUCUUUGACUUUUUAAAUCACAAGCUGGGAGACAAGGGCUCCAAUCCUGCUGAGGGGGGCUCCACUGUGCCGUCAGGAGCGACCGGCGUGGAGGCUUACAGAGCGGGCAAGAGUGCCAAGAAGAGUCUGAAUGUGAGGCUCUUCCAGGCUGCAGAACGGGUGGCCCAAACCGAGAGAGAGAUCCAGAAGCUGAGUGAGACGCUGGGCAGACAGACGGGCAGGUCAGUACGGAACAAGGAGCCAGUUUGAUACCGAGCAGAAUUC